UCGGCCUCUCUCUCUCUCCCUCGCGCAGUCGUUUUCUCCUCUGCCUUUUCCUCAGCAUCCCCCUCUCAGUGAUGGCGUGUGUCGAUGCUGCUCGGGCGUCCGGGGCCUAACGCGCACAAGGCCCUUCCCCCGAUCCGCUGCAGCCUCCCUGGGCCCCGUGUCCCAGCCUGCCUGCCUGCCUCCACCCCCCCUCCCGCCCUGCGCUGGUGUCUGGAAGCUGGGCUCUAGGGGUGGAGGGAGCCGACGUUUCCGCUUCGCUGGGGGAGCCUCUUUGAACGAGCUAUGCCCUACCCCGGCAUCCUCUAACCCGUCGGACUCCUCCGAAUCCGCUCUCCCACCGUCCGUGGGAGGGGGGGGGGGGGGGGGGCAGAGGAAUGAAAAGCUGCAGUCAUGAUGGAAGGACUGAAAAAACGGACGAGGAAGGCCUUUGGGUUACGGAGGAAGGAGAAGGACAGCGACCCCACCAGUUCACCUGGCAAAGAGGGAACUAAGAAGACCAAUGGGGCUGCCAACGGCUACAAUGGCGAGAUUGAUUGGGGCCGAUACACUUCCCCAGAUGUGGACGACGAGGGCUUCAGUCUUCGGCCGGGGGAAGAGGGAGAAGCAGCUCCCAAAGGCAAGCAGUUCUUCUCCUCCAGCGACUCGGAGGACGAGGAGGACAGCAAGAAGAAGUUCAAGAUCAAGAUCAAGCCCCUGCCCUCGGACAGCGGCAGGUGCUCCGUCCCCUCCAUGGACGAGCUGAAGGCCUCGGUGGGAGGCCUGGCUCUCUCCCCCUCGCUGAGGAGAAGUCCGAGACGCAGUCCGGGACCGAUAAAGAGACACCUGUCUUGUGAGGAGAUCGCCAGACCCAGACGCUCGACUCCAACGCCAAGCCCCGCCCCCGAAACACCAAGUGACAGAGUAUCCCAGAAUCCUUCAGCUUUCUUUGGUCCUCCUCCUGAGACUACGCACAGCAUACAAAGAUAUGACGUGGUCCCUAAGGAGUCAUCGGAAGCAUGGAGUGACUCCAGACCCCAGCCAGACUCCCCUCUGUCCAGGGGCUUUCCGACUGGAGCUCCUCCUCCACUUCCUCCCAAGAAAAUCCCAAGUAGUCAUGGGUACUCCUCGGAAUCUUCUGCCGAUCUACCCAAUGGCAGAGCUCUCCGAAGCCCUGCCCCCAUCUAUCUCAACGUCCAAUCACCGGCUUCCUACAGAGGCUCCCCGGUGCCUGACCUGGACGAUGUGUUUGGCCCGGUGGACAACCUGCGAACCAAUGAGGACAGAGCGUCACCCAGAUGGGUCAGCUUCAGCGAGAGGCCGCCCCCUCCAGAUGAACCUGCCCCUCCCCCGCCCCCCUCCUCCCCUCCACCAGACACCCCCUCCUCCGCAUCCUCCCCCUGCCUCUCCCCUGGACCCCCGCCAGACGAGCCCCCUCCUUCCCCACCCGCGUUCUCCCCCUCCUCCUUGCCACCCUUCUCUCCCCCAGACUCGCCCCCCUCCAUUGUCCUUGGACCACCUCCCAAUGAGCCGGCGCCCCCCCUGCCUCCAGAUUUCUCCCCGCCAGACUCCCUGCCCUCCUGCCUGGACCAGGAGCUGCAAGAACUGUACGCGGCUGACCUCGAGGCACUGGAGCUGUGUCAGUACAUGUCCUCCCCUGCCCCCACCAGCCCCGUGCCUCCCCUGCCUUCAGAGCGCUCUCCCAGGGCAGGCGUCCCUCCACCCCUGGUCCUGGGGGCCACCGGGGGGAAGAGGACCCCGGAGGGAGCUUACCUGAGGGAGGAGCUGCCUGACUUCAUGGCCUCGCCCAGGGAGCUAACCCCCGGCUUCCGGGGCACCCCCCCCCCCCUCCCUCCGCCAACCUACAGGUCUAUCGUCUCCUCACCCGGACCCUACUCUGGCAGCGGCCCCUCCUCUCCAGCUCGUCCUGUCACGCCCCUCUCGGGUGGCAGUCCAGUCCCUCCUCCUCCCCCUCCAAGACCCUCCUCUCGGCCCAAACUGCCGCCUGGGAAACCCUUUGGUGACCUGACUCGGCCCUUCAGUCCUCCGGUCUCAGGCAGCCCCCCGCCCGUCGCCCCGCUGGCCAGGGCAGAGAGCUCCUCCUCCAUCUCCUCUGUCACCUGUGUGAGCGCAGCCUCCACUCCCACUCUGGGGAGGGAGCUCAACUUAUCCGCCACAGGGUGCUCCAGAGGACCCAGUCCGCUCACUAUGGGAUCCCAGGACACUCUGCCUGUGGCGGCUGCUUUCACAGAGACCAUCAACGCUUAUUUCAAAGGAGCUGACCCCAGCAGGUGUGUGGUGAAGAUCACCGGGGAGAUGGUCCUCUCCUUCCCAGCAGGCAUCACCAGACACUUUGCCAGCCACCCUUCUCAGCCCAUCCUGACCUUUAGCGUUAGCAACUAUAGCCGUCUUGAGCAGGUGCUACCCAAUCCGCAACUACUGUGCUGCGAUACCACUAUGCCAGAUGUGGACACCAAGGAAUUCUGGGUGAACAUGCCAAACCUGAUGAGUCAUCUGAGGAGAGUGGCCGACCAGAAGCCUCAGGCCACCUACUACAACGUGGACAUGAUCAAGUACCAAGUGUCAUCAGAUGGGAUCCAGUCCACUCCUCUGAACGUGGCGGUGAGUUGGCGAGGUGACGCCACCAGCACUGACCUCAGGAUAGACUACAAAUACAACACUGAGGCCAUGGCCACCCCCGCGCCGCUCCACGACAUCCAUUUCCUGGUUCCCGUGGACGGGGGAGUCGCCAAACUUCAAGCCAUGAUCCCCCCUGCCAUCUGGAACCCGGAGCAUCAGACCAUGCUAUGGAAGAUCCCCAGCCUUUCCCAGCGGUCGGAAAAUGGAGGUGUGGGGGCCUUACUGGGGAGGUUCCAGUUGACGGAUGGUCCUAGUAAACCUUCCCAGUUGGCGGUGCAGUUCACCAGUGAGGGCAGCACUCUCUCUGGCUGUGACAUCCAGCUGGUGGGGACUGGCUAUAGGCUUUCCCUCGUCAAGAAGAGGUUCGCCGCAGGGAAGUAUUUGGCCGACAAUUAGUCCACACUGUUGUAAAAGAAGCUAAGAUGGAACAAUGGAUUGUGAGAAUAAGAGACGGGGAAUGGAUCGCACACUUAAAACAUGGCAUCAACAGAGAAACUUCUGGAACUUCUUUCACUUCUGUUAUGAUGAUGCAUGUUGGACUAAACAAAUAGGAUGUAGUCAACACUCCAGGGUAUAAUUUUACUGUAAAACACAUUUUAUUCAGUAGUGUCACUGCUGAGUUUAUGCAAGUAGUACCAGUUUUUGUUGUUGCAGCCACUGGGUUUUAGAGGCAAAUCACAAAGCACAUUUAACUAAAUUAGCAUAGUUACUCAUCCUUCAUGAUCCAUACAGUGACCCAGCCUUAUUUGAGAGAAGUUUAUAAAUAGAAAAUAAAAAAAAAUAUUCCUAGCAGAAAAAUGUGAAUAAAUACUGUAAUUAAUGUUACAUUUGUCUAAAUUGAGAAUAAAGGUAACUCCUUUCCUGAGCCAAGUUAGUGUAACAUUUUGAUGGAUGCCAUCAUUGAGCGUUUUUUCCAUUUGAUCUUGUUGACACAUUCAUCAACCAGCACCUGAUGUAAGGUCACAACAAAUUAGUGGUGUUUUCCCAAUUACGGACAGAGUAAACAAUAUGGCUGCCUUUCUAGCAGGAACAAGGAGUUAAUGUGUGUUGACUACUAGUACUACACAACAGGUUAAUAUGGCAGAAUAUGAUAGAAACCUCCAAUAACUGUUUAUUGAGAAUAGGCUACAAUACCAUGUGAUGUAUGUCCCCUUUGUUAUUUAAAUUUCUUGUUUUUCCACCAUGUGGAGUAAAUAGGUGUUUUAUCAUUUUCUAAAAGCAAUAUUUAAAAUCGGUAUGUAAAAAUUGUAAAUACAAAAGACGUUUCCUGAUCUGAUAUAUGUUUGGAAAUAUGAGUGUAUGUGUAUUGUUUAAGAAUACAUUGGUGUUGUUAGACCUUAAAUAGAACAUUGCAGCACUUUUUAGACAACAGUUCAUGUUUUUUCGCGUGGAAAUUACUGUGACAUGUCCAUGAUUUAAAAAAAUAAGUAAAAUGGCGCAUGUAAUUUGCAUCACUUAAACCGUUAAUCAUCAUCACCCCACUUUAUUCUGUACUCCAGUGCAAAUCCGUUUCAUUUUAGGAUGUUAAGAUAAAAACGAUAUGGAAAGCAAAAUAUUAAACAUGAGUCAUAGUCUGUGACAAGGCUAUUCAGAUCCAGGCCGGUAGUAGAGGAGUAGAGAACUACACUUGCUGUAAAUUCCACGUUCUACAUUGUGGUUGCACCUGAGAACUGACACUACCUUUAGCAUGUUUCCCAAGUAUUGCACCAUAGACAGUCAACGUCAUCCUCUCUUUCGUCAUCCUCUCUUUCGUCAUCUUCUCUAGGCUACACAUGAACAUUUUUAUGGCAUCAGUAAUUGCUUCUUAAGCUUGGUGCCAUCCACGCCAUGUGUUUUGAACAUUACAUUUUAUAGAAUUUUUUUAAGCGUCCUGGUCGCAUCGCAAUAGACCAAUUAUUUGUUUGUAAACAAUCGGGAUGCGCGCGCACUGUGGCUGCAGAAAACUGGGAAAGGAUA